AACCGCCUCGCUGUCUCCACAACACAUGUCUAGAUUUUUUAGCCUAUCAGAAGCCUUAAUACCUCCAUAGCACAGCGCAGCCUGAUCAUAGACAAUUUGUGAGCGUGUAUGUACAACGGACACAAAUUUACCGCACUAUAAAAAACAAGUAUUAGGUUAGAAGGCUAUUCACUCGGAUUUCCGCACGCUUGCCAGAACCACCAUGUCGCUGUAUCCAUCACUGGAGGACAUGAAGGUGGAUCAGUUCCUACAGGCUCGAAGUAAUGCGUACUCAGCCAGUCCUACCAAGACACCAGCUUUACCUGCUCUACAGAAUUCCCCCAAUUCAAAUACUGUGGAGGAAAAGACAGGGCUCUACAACAAACUGUACCCUGAGCUCUCAGAGUUCAUGGGGCUUAACCUCAGUGAGGACACCCUUCACCAGGCACUGUCUGUUGUCCCAGCAGAAGAAUUUUCUGGGGCAGUGGCUCAGAGGACAUCCGCUUUGAGCUACAUGAAUGCUCCGAUCACAGGAAAUGAUUGUGGCAUCCGCAGGGCUGAGAUCAGACAGGGUAUUCGGGAGGUCAUCCUCUGCAAGGACAGCGAUGGAAAGAUUGGACUUCGCCUAAAAUCUGUGGACAAUGGUGUGUUUGUUCAGCUGGUACAGGCGAACACUGCCGCCUCUUUGGGCGGCCUGCGCUUCGGAGAUCAGGUGCUGCAGAUAAAUGGGGAGAACUGUGCCGGGUGGAACACGGAUAAGGCCCACAAGGUGCUGAAGAAUGCUAAUGCUGAGCGGAUAGCCUUUGUUGUACGAGACAGACCAUUUGAGCGCACAAUCACCCUGCACAAGGACGUCAACGGCCAGCUGGGUUUUAUCUUCAAGAAGGGGAAGAUCACCUUCAUUGUGAAGGACAGUUCAGCUGCCCGCAACGGCCUCCUGACUGAUCACCACAUCUGUGAAGUCAAUGGGCAGAAUGUCAUUGGACUGAAGGACUCGCAGAUUACAGACAUCCUGAACUCCGCUGGUGGCGUGAUCACUAUAACUGUCAUACCCUCCAUCAUCUUUGAGCACAUGACAAAAAAGAUGUCUUCCAGUAUUGUGAAGAGCCUAAUGGACCACUCUAUUCCAGAGGUGUAAGGUUAGCAAGGAUUUGACAGAAAAUGAUGAUGCAUUCCAAUAACAUGAUUCAUUUAGUAGAGGUGGUGAUUCUGCUGAGUGAUGCAAGUAACCACUGUCGCAAACAUCCACCGUUCCUGAAACAGAGCAGUCAUGUCUGCAUACUAAUGGCCUCACAUCACUCCAAACCAUAACCAUGUUUCUGGGAUUAGAUUAACUGUGUAAAAUCCUCCGUUUGUUUCAAGAUGUAAUAUUAACCAUACUGUGAGUAUAUAUCCUGACAUUACUGCAGCAACGGAAUAAGUAUAUUUUAUCUCAUCCAACAAACUCGGGUUACUAGUUUAAUUGAAUAGAUUAUUGACUGAGACGAUUCACCUUGUCUAAGUAUUAUUGAGGCCAAUGUUUGGAUUUGAGCUUUAAUAUAAUUCCCUCAUUUUAGUCAGUUGGAGGUUCAGUUCCACUUUUAUGACUCUGUGCAGAUGUUUUUUUUUUUUUUUUUAAGAGUUACUUAAAAUAUUAUCACUGGUUGUUCUUGUAUGUUUCACAUUUAUGCCUUCUAGUACAUGUUGUAAGCUUUAAGAAGGACAACAAAAACUGAGAUGGUUGCGGGUCUGAUGAUAUCCUUUCAUAAACCCGCCCACAAUGAGAUGUAGAUAAUGCAAAUGGAAUUGUUUAAUCUCAGCUGUAUGAUGACAUACUUAGUCCAUUCCUAUUCAUGGGUUAAAAAGCCCUGCAUGAUCCGUUGUCAUUAACUUUUCAUCUCCACACAAAGAAUACAAAAUAAAGUUACCAGAACAUCUCAGAUUAACCUAAAUAAAGCCAUAUAAACUUUC